AUGGUGCUAGAGAUGGAAGAUAAGGGAAUUGCUGGUGAUGCAUUCUCCUAUACUAUCCGCUUAAAUGCUUAUGCAUCUGUUCCAGAUAUUAAAGAGAUGGAGAAGCUUUUGAUGAAAAUGGAAGUAGAUCCUCUACUGAUUGAAUGGAAUGCUUAUGCAGUCGCUGCCAAGGGUUACAUUAAAGCUGGUGAUGUAGAAAAGGCUUCAAAGGUAUUGAAAAAGUGCGAGCACCUAAAGAAGAUAUUUGCGGAGUGGGAAGCGAACCAUGUAUAUUUUGACAUUAGAAUUCCAAAUUUGCUCAUAGCCAUUUACUGCAGAAAGGCUCAUUUGGAAAGGGCUGAAUUGAUCAUAAAAAGACUCUUGGAGAGUGGGAAGAGGCCAAACUUUAGAACAUGGGAUCAUCUGGCACUCGGAUAUUGUUCACACGAUCAGAUGGAGAAGGCAGUUGAAGCAUUGAAGAAAGCGAUCUUGGCAUGUGAGCCAAGGUUGAAGACACACAUUUACAGUUUGGUGGCUUCCUGUGUUGAUUACUUGCAGUCGAAUGGAGACGCUGAAAGAGAACAAGAGAUUAAAAGAUUGCUUGAGGAGCGAGGCCUCUUCUCAGCAGAAAUCUGCAUUAGAAGUGUAAAACAUGGGUCUGAAGAACUUGAUAAAACAUAA